AUGCAGACUGGAAAUGAGGAGAAUGCUGUUCCCUCAUGGUAUUCAGUGCCUGGUAAGGAGGUGCAUAGCGAUAAGGCUCAUGAGCACCGGGUGGCUUUGAGCGAUGUAACUGGGUUGGCCAACAGUAAUUUCAUGCAUGAAAAGCUUCAUUCUAACAGAUGCAGUGGUGAACCGUCUAGCACGGCACGUAAUAGUCUCGAGAUAAAUCUGAAUCAUGCGGUGGAGUCGGAUCAGGAAAACAUGGUGUCCAUAUAUGCUUCGAACACUCUGGACACACCCAAUAGCAACGAUGUGAGCAGCCUUCUUGAAGAUCAACAGCUGGAAAGUAUACGAAGAGUCACCCAGCACAUGUCAAAUACAUCAAAUGGCGAUGACUCGGACUCAACAACGGUGGCCAAUAAGGACUCUCACCAGGGUGAUAACAGUAACAAUACAAGUGAUGAUGCUCUCAGGAAUGAGUAUUCAGAACCACCAGUGAAUGAUGAUAUACGAAGGACAUUGAUGAAAGCAUACCAGACAUAUAAGUUGGCAUACUUGGAUGAUUCUGACGAGGACAACUACGAUCCUGUAAUGGUGGUAGAAUUAGCCUCUGGGAUAUUUGAUUAUAUGAAACAACUGGAGAUCAAAUACCGUCCUGACCCUUAUUACAUGGAUUUGCAAUCCGAACUAAAACCAUCAUACAGAAGUACAUUACUGGAUUGGAUCGUUCAAGUAGAUGAGAGAUUCCAGCUACUGCCAGAGACUUUAUUCCUCACGAUUAACAUAAUAGACAGAUUUUUGUCCAAAGCCGCUAUAAAACUCAACAAGUUUCAAUUGGUCGGUGCUGUUUCAAUGUUUAUCGCUGCAAAAUAUGAAGAAAUAAACUGUCCAACAAUGAAGGACUUUCUUUACAUGCUUGAUAAUGCAUAUACAAAAGAAGAAAUGAUAGAUGCUGAACGAUUUAUACUAAACACAUUGGAUUUUUCAAUAGGAUGGCCUGGCCCAAUGUCUUUCCUGCGUCGUAUAAGCAAAGCUGAUGAUUAUGAUUAUAACAUUAGAACGUUGGCUAAAUACCUAUUAGAAACAACAAUCAUGGACGCUAGACUAAUAGGAACUCCACCUAGCUGGCUGGCAUCGGGUGCCUAUUUCCUAAGUAAAACCAUCUUGAGCUAUGGAAAUGAAGAAAGAGAUGCUGAAGAAAGAUCAGUUUAUGAGACUGGCUGGACCCUAAAACAUGUCUUUUAUUCUGGCUAUACCCAAGAGCAAGUUUUUCCUUUAUCUAGUCUGAUUCUCGAGAACUGUAGGCAUGCACAAGAACGUCAUAGUGCAAUUUGGACAAAGUAUUCCGACAGGCGCUAUCACCGUUCCUCAGUGAUGGUGGAUAAGUGGAUCGAGGUUGCAGAAAGCAAAAUGAAUAGUUAA